CUUGCAGUAGCACAUUAUUCCAGUCGAUGUGGUGUACGCGAUGGUACUUGCCACUGGUGCUCUUACCUUUGCCCAUCGCCCCACCAUACUUUCUUGUACUCUUUCUGCUCUCCACGACAUUGCACGCUAGGCCAUGCUUUUACUGCAUAAUGCUGCUAUCCGCCAUGUUUAUGGCUUCGUGCUACUGGCCUCCAAUAUCUCUUGACACACCGCUUAGCAAACCCUGGUCCGAUAGCAUAACGACCUUCGGCGAGGCACUGCUAUCGCGCGUGCCCGAUCUCCCUGCCGAUUUAAUUCCUGCCGCAAUGCCCAUCGCCGACCGCUGCUGGUGCGAGUUGUCCAUGGGCUUUUUUGAGCCGUUCAACUCGACACGAUGGGAAUGGAGCAGCGUGGAGAAGCUGAAGACGGAGCUGGAGCAGAGGUGGACGGACCGGGGUAUGAACAACUCUCAGUCGGCCACGGAGACUUUGGACUUGGAGGACAACUCGGCGGUGAAAUCAAACGCGACGUCGGGCUUCAGCGUUCUCUCGAGCACUGCCGGUACUUUUUCCGCGGUUCAGCGCAAGCUUGGCCUAUCGAACGGCCUUGACAUAGCCGCAAACUCGACUGCCACGUCAACGGUCGACGUCCCACCGGAUACCCCACCGCCGAUGACUUACUCGUUGCGUGCAGCUGAAAACGAAGCGAACGCAGAACCGGGCUCUUUCUUUAAACAGUACGACUUGCGGCCGUAUGGCUUUGACAUGAUCGUAGACUUCAGCUGGCCGCGGUCACCGUAGGGAAUACCAUAACUGUCUUUUGCAUACUACAUUAGUGUACAUACCUAAUAUCCGCAACGCAUGUAUCUUUACGCUAGAGUGGCUUUUGCUUCC